AUGGAGAUAUUUCCUCGGUUGCCAGAGGAAGUAGGUCGAGAGUGUUUGCUCAGAGUCUCUUUUCGAUCUCAUUCCACUCUCAGAGCUGUCUGCAAGAGCUGGCAGGCUGUGGUGGAUAGCCCCUGCUUCAAUCAGGACAGAAAAAGAAGCGCCACUUCAGAACAGUGCGUAUUUUUUAUUCAAGCUCUUCCUGCCCCUGCAGAUUCUGUAAUUGAAAAGGCCCACAGAGUGCCCACUUAUGCACUCACUUUAUAUGAUCCUCUGCAAUGCCUCUGGCAGAGACAAACGCCCCCUUUUCCUGAACUGAGCGAUGGGAUUCCCCUGUUCAGCGAGUGCAUUGCAGUGAAGAACAAAGUGAUUUUGAUCGGGGGAUGGCAUCCGGCCCGCUGGGAGGCAAUCAAAUCUGUUUUUGUGCUCGAUGUCUCGUCUGGCAGAUGGAGCAGAGGAGCCAAUAUGCCCACCGUUCGAUCCUUCUUUGCAUGCUCUGUUUCUCCUUCAGACGGGCUGUUAUAUGUUGCAGGUGGGCAUGACGAAAAUAAGCGAGCUCUGAGAGGAGCGGCUGUGUAUGAUGUGGGGCAAGAUAAAUGGGAAAGUCUUCCGGACAUGAUGGAAGCUCGAGAUGAGAGCCGUGGGGCUUUCGUUGAUGGGAAGUUUUAUGUGAUUAGUGGGUAUGAAAGUGAGGCGCAGGGGCGAUUCAAGCAGAGCGCACAAGUUUAUGAUCCGAAUACGGGGCUCUGGAGUAGUCUGCAGAACAUGUGGCCCAAUUGGGGAUGCCCUCGAUCUUGCUCCUGUAUAUCAGCUUUUGGAGGGGUUCUUGCGUUUUACAGAGGGGGAGUUUUGAGCUACGAUUCGAAGGGCAAUGAGUGGCAGCAAAUCGGGGCUCUGCCUUCGGGGCUGGAAUGUGUUAGAGGCGCUGCAGUUUGGCGGGAUAGGAUUUUUGUGACUGGUUCGCAAGUGGGUAGAACUGCUCAGAGUUGUUACCUGUUUGAGCCUCCGAGUUUUAAUGGAGGGAAAGGAGAGAUGGGGUGUGGAAAGUGGAUUCCUUUGGAGCGCCCCCAAAACUUCGCGGGAAUUGUGCAGUCUGUCGCCACUCUUGAAAUUUGA